GCGGAGGCGCGGGCGCUGUGGCGGAGCGUGUGAGGCGGCGGAGCAGCGCACGGUGUCGCUGCAGGCUCAGGAACGGCGUCUCGGCGGCUCCGCCCCGGUGCGGCGGAGAGCCCGGCUGUGAGCGCGGGGGGGCGGCGCGGGCCGGGCAGCAGAGCCGGUGCGUCCGGGCGGCGGCGGGGAGCCGUGCGGGGCCCGUGCCGGGGCCGGCAGCCAGAGCGGCACAGGCGGCGGCGGCGGCGGCGGCGAUGGGGGAGCGUUGUUGUGCGGUGGUGCGGGUGCUGGUGCUGCAGGCGGCCUGGGCGCUGUCGGGCGGGCAGGUGCGGUACUCGGUGCCGGAGGAAGCCAAGGCCGGCACGGUGGUGGGCCGUCUGGCGCAGGACCUGGGCCUGGAGGCGGGCGAGGCGGAGGCGCGGCGGCUGCGGCUGGUGGCGCAGGGCCGGCGGGCGAGCGUGGAGGUGAGCGGGGCGAGCGGCGCGCUGCUGGUGAGCUCGCGGCUCGACCGGGAGGAGCUGUGCGGCAAGAGCGCGCCGUGCGCGCUGCGGCUGGAGGUGCUGGUGGAGCGGCCGCUGCGCGUCUUCCAUGUGCAGCUGGAGGUCACCGACAUCAACGACAAUGCCCCCGUCUUCCCCGCCGCCCGGAAAAACCUCAGCAUCGCGGAGUCAUCUCUGCCGGGGUCUCGUUUCCCACUGGAGGGCGCGUCGGAUGCGGAUAUCGGAGCGAACGCGCAGCUCUCCUAUACACUCAGCCCCAGCGAGCAUUUUACCCUGGAUGUUAAAUCCUCUGAUGAAAACAGGAAGUCUCUGUUUCUGGUGCUCGCAAAGUCGUUGGACCGCGAGACGAUUCCCGUUCACCGGUUGGUGCUGACGGCGAGUGACGGGGGCCGGCCGUCUCUGACGGGCACCAUGGAGCUGGUGAUCUCGGUGCUGGAUGCAAACGACAACGCGCCCCAGUUCAACGAGUCCGUGUAUAAAGUGCGGCUACUGGAGAGCGCUGAGUUGCGGACGCUCGUAGUGCGUGUGAAUGCCACGGAUCCGGACGAAGGCAGCAAUAAGGAGUUUUCUUACAGCAUCUUGAGUUCGAUUCCUAUCGGUAACAAAGAACUCUUUACCAUUGACACCAAGACGGGCGAGAUCAGACUGACGGGUACUUUGGACUUCGAAAAUGUUCGUUUACACGAACUGCAAAUCGAAGCGACAGAUAAAGGGACACCCCCGCUGUCAGGUCACUGCAGCGUGGAACUGGAGGUGCUGGAUGUGAACGACAACGCGCCGGAGGUGUGGGUGACGUCGCUGUCGGUGCCGGUGCCGGAGGACGCGUCGGUGGGGACGGUGGUGGCCCUGCUGAGCGUGUCGGACCGGGACUCGGGGGCGAACGGUCGCGUGCGGUGCUGGGUGUGGCCGGCGUCGCCGUUCGGUCUGGAGGCGACGUUCGCGGGCUCGUACUCGCUGGUGCUGCGCGAGGCGCUGGACCGGGAGCGGGUGUCGGAGUACGAGGUGGAGGUGCGUGCGGAGGACGGCGGGGCGCCGGCGCUGCGCGGCAGGCGCGGGCUGCGGGUGGCGGUGUCGGACGUGAACGACAACGCGCCGGCGUUCGCGCAGGCCGUGUACACGGUGCUGGCGCGGGAGAACAACGCGGCGGGCGCGGAGCUGGCGCGGCUGUGGGCGCGGGACCCGGACGAGGCGGGCAACGGGCGCGUGAGCUACUCGGUGUGGGAGGGCGGCGUGGGCGGCGGGUGGCGUCCGGCGUCGAGCUACGUGUCGGUGGACGCGGAGAGCGGGCGUCUGUGGGCGCUGCAGCCCUUGGACUACGAGGAGCUGCAGGUGCUGCAGUUCGAGGUGCGUGCGGUGGACGCGGGCGAGCCGCCGCUGUGCGGCAACGCCACGGUGCAGCUGUUCGUGCUGGACGAGAACGACAACGCGCCGGCGCUGCUGCCGCCUGCGGGCUCGGCGCCGGAGGCGGGCGGCGUGGCGGGCGAGGCGGCGGCGGCGGCGGGCUCGGUGUCGGUGUCGGGCACGCUGUGGGCGUGGGCGGCGUGGGGGGCGCCGGCGGGGCAGGUGGUGGCGAAGAUCCGCGCCGUGGACGCCGACUCGGGCUACAACGCGUGGCUGCGCUACGAGCUGUGGGAGCCGCGGGGCAAGGGCCCGUUCCGCGUGGGGCUCUACAGCGGCGAGGUGAGCACGGCGCGGGCGCUGGAGGAGGCGGACGGCCCUCGCCAGCGGCUGCUGAUCGUGGUGCGCGACCACGGCGAGCCGGCGCGCUCGGCCACGGCCACGCUCAGCGUGUCGCUGGUGGAGGCCGCCGAGGCGGCGCUGGCCGCGGCCGCGGGAUCGUCGUCGUCGUCGUCGCGGUCGGCGGCGGGCGCGGAGAUGGGCGCUGGUGCGGCGAGUGCGGCGACGAACGUGUGGCUGGUGGUGGCCAUCUGCGCGGUGUCGAGCCUGUUCCUGCUGGCCGUGGUGCUGUACGGGGCGUCGCGCUGGGCGCCGCGGGCGGCCGUGCUGUCGGGGCCCGGGCCCACGACGCUCGUGUGCGCCAGCGAAGUGGGCAGCUGGUCGUACUCGCAGCGCCACAGCCGGAGCCUGUGCGUGGCGGACGGCGCGGGCAAGAGCGACCUCAUGGUUUUCAGCCCCAACUUCCCUCCGCCGCCGCCCGGCCCCGCGGCCAAGGACACGCAGCCGGAGCCCUCCGCUCUCCUGGACACGGUCAGUGGCCCUCCCUUGCUCUCACCCUUUCGUCCGCCGCCUCUUUUCUCCUCUGCCUAUUGUCUGCCACCCCUGUGUAGUUGCUACUUGUAGCUGGGCUCCGCCCCCGCAGCCUGAGGGCAGUGGGUGUUGAAGGAU